AUGUCUGAUGGCUCCGCUUCCGUUUCGCUCUCCAAACCCUCCUUCCACUUCGCUGCAGGCCUGUUCUCCGGCCUCACCUCCUCCAUCCUCCUUCAACCCGCAGACCUCCUCAAGACCCGUGUCCAGCAAUCGCGGCAAACAGCGGCCCUCCUGCCGACAAUCCGCACCAUCCUAGCCUCACCACACCCUAUCCGCGGUCUAUGGCGCGGAACACUACCUUCUGCGCUCAGGACCGGCUUCGGCUCCGCGCUGUACUUUACCAGCUUGAAUACCUUGAGAACCGCAGUCGCCGCGAGCGGUCCCGGCUACCUCCUCCAAGGCGACAAUGGCGAUAGCCAAAAGCCCACAAACACAAACGCAAGGACAUCAUCAGCCCUGCCCAAGCUCUCGCACACGGCCAACCUCAUCACCGGCGCCGUCGCCCGCGUCUCCGCCGGCUUCGUCAUGAUGCCCGUCACCGUCCUCAAAGUCCGCUACGAAUCCGACUACUACGCCUACCGCAGCCUCUGGAGCGCCGCAACCGACAUUGUCCGCCACGAGGGGUUCAGAGGCCUAUUCUCCGGCUUCGGAGCCACCGCCAUCCGCGACGCUCCCUACGCAGGCCUCUACGUGGUCUUCUACGAACAGUCCAAACGGAACCUCGCCACGCUCCUCGCGCCCCCCGCCUCCCCGUCCGCCGACGCACCGCGCGCUCCGACCUCGACGGCCACGAUCAAUUUCAUCUCCGGCGCCCUGGCCGCGGGUCUGGCGACCACACUCACCAAUCCGUUCGAUGUGGUCAAGACGCGCGUCCAGCUCAUGCCGCACAAGUACAGAAACAUGAUGCGCGCGACCAGGCUGAUGCUCCGUGAGGACGGGGUGAGGAGCUUGUUUGGCGGGCUGGGGUUGCGCAUGGGGAGGAAGGCGUUGAGCUCGGCGCUGGCGUGGACGGUGUAUGAGGAGUUGAUCAUGUGGGCGGAUAAGCGGUGGGCGGAGGAGUAG